AUGUCAAUUAGAUUAUAUUCUAAACAAUCUUUAAAUACAUUCAAAAAAGCUACAUUUAUACCCCUUACUACUACUGCUACUGCUAUUACUACUACUCAAUUUAGAUAUUUCCAUGACACCCCAAAUAAACAAAAUGUCACUGUCAAUAAUAUGAUGCCAAGAGUUACUAAACCAACCCCAACCAACACUUUUACUACAUCUCCACAAUUACCUUCUACAGAAUAUUUAAAAGCAUUUAAUAAUAAAGAAUUGAUUUCAUUUUUCAUGAUUGGAUUAGCCACAUUAAAUAAACCAAUUUUACAACUUUGUAUUAAAUUAUUUCCUUAUGUACCCAUGUCAAUUAUUAAAGCUCUUGUUUAUCGUAUUUAUUGUGGUGGUGAAACCAUUGAUCAAGUUAAAAAAACUGGCUUAAGAUUGCAUGAACGAGGUAUUAAUAAUAUGAUGAUUUCUUUAACCAUUGAAGCUUGUGAUGGUAAUGAUAAUGUUGAUCCUAAAUAUAUUGUUGAAGAAACUGCCAAAUCAAUUGAAACCAUUUUAGUUCCUCAUACUGUAGCCAUGAUUGAACAAGCCACCGAUGACAUUAAUGAUAUACCACCAGGGUAUGUUGCAUUAAAACCAACAGGAUUUGCUAAAGAUGCAGCAAAUGUAUUGAAAAAUUAUAAUACUACUAUGAUUAAAGAAUUUGAUGAAUUGGUUGAUAAAGCAAUUAUUGUUUGUCAAAAAAUUUAUGAUUCCAAUAAAGAAUUGAGUCAAAAAUAUCCUGAAAGAGUAUCACCAUUUGUUGUUGGAGUUAUUGAUGCUGAAAAACAUGAAUUACAAGAAGGUGUUUAUGAAUUACAAAGAAGAUUAUAUCAAAAAUUUAAUAAAUUAAAUCAACCAAUUUCAAUUGUUGGUACUUUACAAAUGUAUCUUUCUGAUUCAGCCAAUUUAUUAACUAAAGAAGAAAAUUUAGCUAAUGAAAAUAAUUAUCGUUUAGGUUUAAAAUUAGUUCGUGGGGCUUAUAUUCAUUCAGAAAAAAAUCGUGAUAUUGUUAUUCAUAAAACUAAACAAGAUACUGAUAAUAAUUAUAAUUCCGGGAUUUCUUAUUGUAUUGAUUCUAUUUUAAAUCAAAAUCAAAAUCAAAAUGGCUCUACUAUUGGUCAUUUAGUUGUUGCUUCUCAUAAUGCUGAAUCAAUGAGAUUAGCCAGUGAUAAAGUUUAUAAUCCAAUGAAUGAAUCCAAUAAAAAUAAAACUAAUGUUGUUUUAGGUCAAUUAUUAGGUAUGGCUGAUAAUGUUACUUAUGAUUUAAUUACUAAUAAUAAAAUUGGUAAUGUUAUCAAAUAUGUUCCAUGGGGUCCACCAUUAGAAACUAAAGAAUAUUUAUUAAGAAGAUUAGAAGAAAAUGGUGAUGCUGUCAAAAAUGAUAAUGGUUGGCCUUUAGUUAAAGCUUCAUUUAAAAUGUUAACCAAAAGAUUAUUUGGAAGUGGUUAA